GAGUCUCGCUCUGUCGCCAGGCUGGAGUACAGUGGUGCAAUCUCAGCUCACUGCAACCUCCGCCUCCCAAGCCCGAGCGAUUCUCCUGCCUCAGCCUCCCGAGUAGCUGGGACAACAGGCAUGCGUCACCACGUCCAGCUAAUUUUUGUAUUUUUAGUAGAGACGGGAUUUCAUUAUGUUGGCCAGGAUGGUCUCGAACUCUUGACCUCAUGAUCUGCCCGCCUUGGCCUCCCAAAGUGCUGGGUUUACAGGUGUGAGCCACUGUGCCCGGCCAGGAAAUACUUUUCUAUACCAACUUAAACCCUCUCUUCUUACCGUUCAAAACUUUAUUUUCUCCAUUUGUCCUUUGAAUUAGAUAUUUGAAGAAAAUAUGUAUUUUAAUUGGUAAGUUAUUAUGAUUUACGAAGGGCUCAUUGUCACUUGCAUUUUUUAAGAUUUUAAAUAGCAAAAAAUUAUUGCUUUUCUCAACAGAUCAAAAAUAGGUAUGAGAUAUACUUACACAUAUUCAAAAUGAUGUACAUAGAUUAGUUCUUGCAGUAUUGUUUGUAAUAUCAAAAGACUGCAAAAAACCUAAAGGUCCGCCAAUAGAGGACUUGUUAAAUAAAACAUGCCAAUCCAUGUGGUAGUAUGUUACACAGUUAAAAAGAAUGAAACAGACCUUUAUGUUUUGGUGCAGAAGUCUGCAAGGCCAUAAUCAAAUAUGUAUUACGUAUGCUAUCAUUUGUAUUUAAAAUACAUGCAUACACAUACAUAUAUAAAUACGUAUAUAGGAUCUAUUUAUACAUGAUUUAUAUCUACAACAGUGGUUGCCUCCUGGGAGGGGAACUAGGUGACUGGGAGGUGAACAGAAAAACUAAGGAAGACUUAGUUUUUCCUUAUAUAUCCUUUGCACCAUUUGAAUUUUAUACCACAUUCGUGUAUUACUUAUUUUGAAAAUAAAUGCAAAGUACUAAGGAAUAGUUUUUAAAAGGGUGGGCUUUGUGAUAUUUACCUGAAAUAAUGCCCUCUCUGAUUACUUCCACCUAUCUAAAUUUUGCCCCUUCUUCAAGAUAGAUUCCUUUUCUGGAUAACUCCAGCUUGAGUGCUCUUAUCUGAUCUCCUGUGCUAGAAAUUCGUGUGUGUGGCAAAUCAUUACACAUUGCUUUCUUACAGCUCUUCUAUUUUAAAAAUGGUAUCUACUUUGUAUUAAAAUUCCCAUUUUUAAUUUUCAUUUCUAUUUUACUGAACCUUUGGGGAUUGCAUGGGGAAUAUAAUCUUGCAAAAGAAGAAUGGCUGAUGGAAAAUACGUGACCAAGUAAAAGGCAGAAGGGGGAGUGGGUAAAUGGGAAGGAGCAUGAGGCUCCCUCCUUGCAGUCAGCCCUCACAGACAUUUAUCAAAUACAGAUUCAUUUGAAUUAGUGACCCCUUUUUAUAAAAUGCUAAUGCCCCUGGAAAGGUAAGGCCUUCACAUCUUACAACAAUUAAUCCAAAUAUCACGACAUCAUUUGGCUAAGAACACCUGCGUGUUCUGCGAUGAGAGGUUAGGAGAAGUAAAAUUUCUGAAGCAGGACUCACAAAAAUUUAAAACCAAAAGGGCUUAAAGAUCUGCCAUUCUAAACCCUUACUUUAUAGAAGAUGAAACGGGGUCUUGCCCGAGAUCACAAUGCAAGGUAUAGGGAGAGUCCAGAUCCAAACUCAAAUCUCCUCUUAAUUUCAGUCAAGGAACUACAUCAUGUAGCCUACCAGAGAAGAGGUCUGGCCUAGGUAAAAGACGGUGUCUUUCUAUAGCAAGAAAGAUACAGAUGGGCUCUGUGCCUGGUGAAGAGGGGAGAGAUAAUUCAGGAAGCACAAAAGAGGUGACGUCAAGUUUUGCCCCCUUUGUAAUUGUGUCCAGGAGUCUGUGACUGUGUGUGUCAAUGGAAGUCCUCCAUACUAGCAGAAGCCAAGUUAAGAUAAUCAGAAAUAGUUUGGGAGUCUACAAACCUCAACUUCCCCUUACCCAGUCCGGCCUCCCUACUUCAGGAACCCACUGAAGUUCAGCUUACAGCUCUUGUUGAUCCUUUCACACCCUUCCUUUCCAAGUCUGGAGAAGGAAAGUUGGAAUAGGGGAAUGAAAUGCAAACAUAAGAGAUUUCCCUAUUUCCAGGGUACUUUCAGCCGAUUUCCAGGGUACUUUCAGCCGAUUCCCCAGUAUCUACUGUAUCCGAAACACUAGAGAGCCACUUAGGGUAGCCAUGGAGAUAUGACUGUCUUCAGCCUUGUUUCCUUCCUUUUCUCUACUAUUAACAUCUUUCGCUACGAUUUCGGUAAGGCCCCCCCACUUCUGCUGGCACUCAGGUUCUGCAGCUCCUCCCUCUCCUCAGGGACGCUCAUAGAGGGAUUGGGAACACUUUUUAAAAUGAAGAGAGCGCGAAAACACAAGAACGAGUGAGGGUUUUCUCCAAAAGGGAUCAGUCCCAUCCACAGCCUCCCCUUCUCCAGCCUUGAGGUUUUGGCGUUUGGUCCCAGCCCGGACUGCAAGUCCCAGGAGACCCCGCGGCGAGGGUGUCCUCCAGCGAUCCUUCCCUCACGCUUCUGGAUAGUGGAGAGAAAGGUUCCGAUAGCGGCGCACUGCGGUUUGGUUUGUUUGCAACGGCAGUGACGGAGGUUGGGAGCCAGGCUGACUGCAGGCGGGGGCGUCAGGAGGCGGAUUCCUCCUCCCUUCGGCACCGGGGGGCGGGGAGGAGGGAGGCCGGGCCAGCGGCCGGGAACCGAGCCGCAAAGACAGAGCGGGCAGAGGCGAUGGAGGGCGACGGGGUGCCAUGGGGCAGCGAGCCCGUCUCGGGUCCCGGCCCCGGCGGCGGCGGCGGAAUGAUCCGCGAGCUGUGCCGGGGCUUCGGCCGCUACCGCCGCUACCUGGGACGGCUGCGACAGAACCUGCGCGAGACCCAGAAGUUCUUCCGCGACAUCAAGUGCUCCCACAACCACACUUGUCUCUCCUCCCUCACGGGCGGCGGCGGGGCCGAGCGCGGCCCUGCAGGCGAUGUCGCCGAAACCGGGCUGCAGGCGGGCCAACUGAGCUGCAUUUCCUUCCCACCUAAGGAAGAGAAGUACCUCCAGCAGAUUGUGGACUGCCUCCCUUGCAUACUGAUCCUCGGCCAGGAUUGUAACGUCAAGUGCCAGCUGUUGAAUCUGCUGUUGGGGGUGCAGGUGCUUCCCACCACCAAGCUGGGCAGUGAGGAGAGCUGUAAGCUUCGGCGCCUCCGCUUCACCUAUGGGACUCAGACUCGGGUCAGCCUGGCGCUCCCUGGACAGUAUGAACUAGUGCACACGCUGGUUGCUCAUCAGGGCAACUGGGAGACCAUCCCUGAGGAGGAUCUGGAGGUCCAAGAGAACAAUGAGGAUGCUGCUCAUGUUUUAGCGGAACUGGAGGUAACGAUGCACCAUGCUCUCUUACAGGAAGUGGACGUUGUGGUAGCACCAUGCCAAGGCCUCCGGCCCACAGUGGAUGUUCUGGGUGACUUGGUGAAUGAUUUCUUGCCUGUGAUAACCUAUGCACUCCACAAAGAUGAACUCUCUGAGAGGGAUGAGCAAGAGCUUCAGGAAAUCCGAAAGUAUUUCUCCUUUCCUGUAUUCUUUUUCAAAGUGCCGAAACUGGGCUCGGAGAUAAUAGACUCCUCAACCAAGAGAAUGGAGAGCGAAAGAUCACUGCUUUAUCGCCAGCUAAUUGACCUGGGCUAUCUGAGCAGCAGUCACUGGAACUGUGGGGCUCCUGGCCAGGAUACUAAAGCUCAGAGCAUGUUGGUGGAACAGAGUGAAAAGCUGAGACACUUGAGCACAUUUUCUCACCAGGUGUUACAGACUCGCCUGGUGGAUGCAGCCAAGGCCCUGAACCUGGUGCACUGCCACUGCCUUGACAUCUUUAUUAACCAGGCAUUUGACAUGCAGCGGGACCUGCAGAUCACUCCCAAACGUCUGGAAUAUACUCGAAAAAAGGAGAAUGAGUUGUAUGAAUCAUUGAUGAAUAUUGCCAACCGAAAGCAGGAGGAAAUGAAGGAUAUGAUUGUUGAGACACUUAAUACCAUGAAGGAGGAACUUCUGGAUGAUGCUACUAACAUGGAGUUUAAAGACGUCAUUGUCCCUGAGAAUGGAGAACCAGUAGGCACCAGAGAGAUCAAAUGCUGCAUCCGACAGAUCCAGGAACUCAUCAUCUCCCGACUUAAUCAGGCAGUGGCUAAUAAGCUGAUCAGCUCAGUGGAUUACCUGAGGGAAAGCUUCGUCGGAACCCUGGAACGAUGUCUGCAGAGCCUGGAGAAGUCUCAGGAUGUCUCAGUUCACAUCACCAGUAAUUAUCUCAAACAGAUCUUAAAUGCUGCCUAUCAUGUUGAAGUCACGUUUCACUCAGGGUCGUCAGUUACAAGGAUGCUAUGGGAGCAAAUCAAACAGAUCAUCCAGCGCAUCACAUGGGUGAGCCCACCUGCCAUCACUCUGGAAUGGAAGAGGAAGGUGGCCCAGGAAGCCAUUGAGAGCCUCAGCGCCUCCAAAUUGGCUAAGAGCAUUUGCAGCCAAUUCCGGACUCGGCUCAAUAGUUCCCACGAGGCUUUUGCAGCCUCCUUGCGGCAGCUGGAAGCUGGCCACUCAGGCCGGUUAGAGAAAACGGAAGAUCUAUGGCUGAGGGUUCGGAAAGAUCAUGCUCCCCGCCUGGCCCGCCUUUCUCUGGAAAGCCGUUCUUUACAGGAUGUCUUGCUUCAUCGUAAACCUAAACUGGGACAGGAACUGGGCCGGGGCCAGUAUGGUGUGGUAUACCUGUGUGACAACUGGGGAGGACACUUCCCUUGUGCCCUCAAAUCAGUUGUCCCUCCAGAUGAGAAGCACUGGAAUGAUCUGGCUUUGGAAUUUCACUAUAUGAGGUCUCUGCCGAAGCAUGAGCGAUUGGUGGAUCUCCAUGGUUCAGUCAUUGACUACAACUAUGGUGGUGGCUCCAGCAUUGCUGUGCUCCUCAUUAUGGAGCGGCUACACCGGGAUCUCUACACAGGGCUGAAGGCUGGGCUGACCCUGGAGACACGUUUGCAGAUAGCACUAGAUGUGGUGGAGGGAAUCCGCUUCCUGCACAGCCAGGGACUUGUCCAUCGUGAUAUCAAACUGAAAAAUGUGCUGCUGGAUAAGCAGAACCGUGCCAAGAUCACUGACUUAGGAUUCUGCAAGCCAGAGGCCAUGAUGUCAGGCAGCAUUGUGGGGACACCAAUCCAUAUGGCCCCUGAACUUUUCACAGGGGCUCGCCCAGAACGUCUUCCUGUGUUUGAUGAGGAGUGCUGGCAGUUGAUGGAAGCCUGUUGGGAUGGCGACCCCUUGAAGAGGCCUCUCUUGGGCAUUGUCCAGCCCAUGCUCCAGGGCAUCAUGGAUCGGCUCUGCAAGUCCAAUUCUGAGCAGCCAAACAGAGGACUAGAUGAUUCUACUUGAAAGCAAAGACCUUUCUCUUUCACUCUCUAGUUAUUUCCUUCCCCCUCACCUUUUGGCCAUGGGGAGAAUUUGACAUUUAUUCACUAUAGGACACACUCCCAAGGGAACUGGUGCUUGCUGGGAAACUUGGAACCUUCCCAGGCAGGGAUGACUGCUGGACAGUGAAGAGUUGAAUGACUGAGCAUAUUCAGCAGCUCACUGAAGCGCCAAGCUAUCCCUUUAGCAAAAAAGUGUCUCAGAUGUGUAAAAGCUGAGGAAUGUGGUGUUCUGGCUUCACAAAUGAAAAGGAGGCAGAUGUUACCAUUGUCUUUUCACUGUAUAUACUUCUAAGACAGCAAGCGGGACACUGCAGUGGCAAUAGUGUUAAAAAAUCUCAUUCUCAUGAUUUUUGGCUCUAGCUAGGAAUAGUUUAGUCAGGACUCAGAAAAUUUGAGCUUAGUUCUGGGAUUAUGAAAACAUGGGGACAAAAACAAUAACUUGUGGAUGCCUGGUUCCUGCUGUCUGCAGCCAGGGAUCUCAGGUUGCAAUGGUCAGAAGUCCCAGUGAGGGAGCUAGAAACAGAGCUAUCUGUUCCUCAUAGUGCCAGUGUGUUUACAUUUAUAGGACCACAUAUCCCUGGUUUCUGGGGGAGGGUUUCACUGUUACAUCACCAAGAGGCCCUGAAAAGAGGAAAAAAAAAAAAAAAGAGGCCAGGCAUGGUGGCUCACGCCUGUAAUCUCAGCACUUUGGGAGGCUGAGGCGGGCGGAUCACAAGGUCCAGAGUUCAAGAGCAGCCUGGCCAACAUGGUGAAACCCCCCGUCUCUACUAAAGAUACAAAAAAUUAGCCGGGCAUGGUGGUGCAUGCCUGUAAUCCGAGCUACUCAGGAGGCUGAGGCAGGAGAAUCGCUUGAACCUGGGAGGCGGAGGUUGCAGUGAGCUGAGAUCAUGCCAUUGCACUCCAGCCUGGGCGACAGAGUGAGACUCUGUCUCAAAAAAAAAAAAAAAAAAAUAGAAUGUGUAUGCAUAUAUUUGUGUGUAUAUGUAUAUAUGUGUGUGUGUCUAUAUCUCUAUCUAUAUAGACAUACACACAGAAGUUAUUGGAUUUAGAGUUACUGCUAACCCCAGAACAGAAUCUGUUCUUUUACCUUUGAGUCUUUUCUUUUGUUUGCCUCUUUUCAUCUCAAAGGGGGAAAGCUCCAGAUAACAUGGUACUUAGGAGUGAGUGUCUAAGCAAAACCAACCCAAUGCGAAGUAUUUGGGUGAGAACUGAGAGGUGGGAGAUGAUUGGAGGCCAUGGCCUAUGUACAAACAUACUGGAAGAAAACCAGCUUGUUUUUAAAACUUAACACAAUCAGAAAUUUUUCUUUUUGUGUUUGAAUCUAACACACUGACGUUUGGAAAACUUGAUCAAUGAGCUUUUAACCACGGUUUCUCCCGCAAUUUGUUCCUUCUUUUUACCUUUUUAAAAAUCUGUUAGAAGAAAAAAAGAAGCAGACGAAAGAGAAAAACCCUCCUCUGGUAGUUCUGUGUGUGCCCCUCACCCCUGUGUGCUAGUGUCUGGGAAGUUUCCCUGAAAGGUGGGAGGCGGGUGGGUGGUCUUUUGGAGGGUUCCUCAUGAAGUGUGCUUGAGGAAAGAAAUUCUGAUUCUAGGCAGAGGAAGGGGAACAAUUUAAAUAUUGGUGCAUCUCAGAUGCACUUGACUUCAAGCCUUCCUCAACCAAACUGGUCCAUUAGAUUCCGAAAAACAAGUAGACGAGGAAGUAGACAGUGGAAGUGAGUAGUCUCCCUCCAUCUGCCUAAUCCCCAAUAACUGUGGUCUGGCCCCUGUGUUCAGCCCCAGAGUUUGUAAAACAGGUCCCCAGGUAGGUGUAUAAGAUGAGUUGCAAAUUAGCCGGGCAUGGUGGCGUGCACCAGUAAUCCCAGCUACUUGGGAGGCUGAGGCAGGAGAAUCACUCGAACCCGGGAGGCAGAGGUCGUGGUGAGCCAAGAUCACGCCACUGCACUCCAGCCUGGGCAACAGAGCGAGACUCUAUCUCAAAAAAAACCAAAAAACAAAAAACAAAGAUGAGUCGCACAUCUGCUGCUGGGAUUUUCUAGGGUUGUCUAUGACAGAAUGACCAUCUUUUAAAUAUUAAUGGAGUAUAAAUGGAGUCUAUAAUGGGUCUUUCAUAUAACUUUUAACUCUUUGGCUGUCCUGGGCUCUGAUCAUGAUAUGUUUGAGCAUAGUCGCUCCCUAAACUCUUGGAGCCUUUCAGAAAUUCCAUGUAGUGCUAAUAACCUUUUUACUUGCAAAUGAUAAAGUAACUGACUCAGUGUCUUUGGGCUCUGCAGGCUUUAGCCUUGUUUUGGUAGGAUGUUCAGUAUAUUCUCAGAAUUUUUACCACCUAUUUAGCUAUACUUCAAGUACUCUAUUCUCUGCACUAACUUACUGUCCUUCUGGGAACUAUGAUGGGGCUUCAAGGGAGUCAGGUGUCAAGAAAGGAGGGGUAAGUACUCUCUACUUGCUGGAAAAUCAUUGUAAGUCUAUUGUGUAUGAAAUUUUAGGAAAAGUCUUAUAUAGUUCCCUUUCCAGACUGUUUUCUUUUGACUCUAACUAUAAUCAUAAGUCUGUGCUUCCAUUAUGAAGGUCACAUUCCUAGCAUUCUUGGGAAGUAUUAGCUCAUACUCUCAUUCACAUAUGGGAGGUUAGAUUUUUUUCCUCUACCCAGAGUCCCUUUUUAGUUUACCCCACGGCUUAGUUUGCUGUCAGAUACCAGUUCUCUAGCAGAUUCCCCAACAGUUUUUUCCCCAGUGGGGAGGGUGGAAGGGAGGGACUGAUAUAAGUAAGGAGAUGAGUAGUUGUGUUACAGUUCAUUUUCUUUAAAAAAAAGUAUUUUGAGAAAAGGUGCAAAAUAUUCUUGAAAGUCUCUAGGCCAGCCAAAGUCCACAUAUGGAUAUUUGGGGAUGUUAUUUAAAUACUCAGCAGGCUGAGUGCAGGUAUACGUGUGUAUAGAGUGUGUAUACUUUGCUUUUGUUUUAUAACAUUGUCAGCUAAUUUUGGCUUUGUUCUUUGGCAUCCAUUCUUAUUAUAAGUGAUGGAAUGCCAUGAAAUGUACUGUAUUGUAUAUUACUUGGGAGGACACUAGGUUUUCAAAGAAGUCUGGCAGCACUUGGGUUAUAGAGGGCUCAGCAUGACCAAAGUCCUAAAGAUUUUACCUCCCAGCUUUGGUUGUAUGUGUUCCCAAGUGGUGAGGUGAGAUUGUGGCUGGAGGAAGAAAAAGGAUGGCAUGAAAGAAUGACCCUUAUUGUGGUCUGUCCUUCUAAUCAACAUAAUUAGGGCAGCUUACCCCAACAUGAAAAUGAUGACCUGGCCAUUUUUAAUGGCCAGAGCUUGAAGUCUGGUCUCUCAUUUUGUUUCAGAAAUGAGUGAGAGGCCUUCCUGCAGAGCAGUCAGGAGAAAUGGUGGAGCCUGGGGCCCUGGAAUGGCUGACCCUGUGCCUAGAGAGCUGAUGACAAGGGCUGUCUGGCAUGGCUCAUUUGGGUGGGGUUUCCCCAGGCAUACCUUAGUUCCCUGAUCCUCUGCAAAGAGUAGCUCAUUGACUGAGCAAGCACUUCAGGAGGACUGUGCUGGUUGUUCCCAGACCAAAGAGAGUCACUUUUGACUCCAUCAACUUCAAGGGGACAGAGCCUAGGCAGCAGCUUCUCCUAAUUUUUAACACUAAAAUUCAAGGAAGCAGUGGAGGAAAGAAUGCAUUACUACCACAGAUAGAAAUAGGGGACUCAUAGAACUCUCGACUAGUACCUGUCAGCUCUCAAAUGCAUUCUUGUGUCUUUGCUUGAGCUGCCAAAGAAGGGUCACAAAGUGUUCUUCCUCAUGGAAGAAGUGCCUCGGGGUUGCAGGGCUGCAAAGUGACAACUGCACUGAAUGACACUUUAUUUUUUGGCUUUGGCUUAUUAUUUAGUACUGGGAGGCCCAGGGGAAUUGGUGAUUACAGUAGUACUUUGGGAAGUUAAAGCCCCCUUUGGGCUUGCUUUGGAGAGAUGAUGGCAUGCUUGGUAUUCCAUUUGGAUAAUCAGGAAGCCUCCCUAGUCCAUCCAUAUUGCGUCAGAGUGGGAUUAACAACCCUGGAAGAGUCCACUGCCAAAAGAGUAGUUGCUUUCCUGGAAUUUCCAAAGCUUUUGGAUUUUCUGGAUCAAGUAACCCACUUUGUAAAACCUGAGGUCAGGAGUUCGAGACCAGCCUGGUAACAUGGUGAAACCCCGUCUCUAUUAAAAAUAGAUAAAAUUAGCCAGGCAUGGUGGUGGGCACCUAUAGUCCCAGCUACUCAGGAGGCUGAGGUAGGAGAAUUGCUUGAACCCAGGAGACAGAGGCUGCAUUGAGCCAAGAUCACACCACUGCACUCCAGCCUGGGCAGCAGAGCAAGACUCCAUCUCAAAAAAAAAAAGAAAAAGAAAAAGAAGGUUAAUCCUUCAGUUAUGGAGGUGGGAUGAAUAGAGCUUGUUUGAUGUUAAAGUGGGUAAGGAGGGAGUGGCCUUGAGACACUUGUAUUCCAAACUCUCCUGGAGGUUUCCAGUAGGACUACUGUUCCUAAAAGGGUUUCAUUUUUAACUUCAUCUGUUUUGUUAACAUCCAGUCCAAUUGAGGUGAUCUCAGAGGUGCAUCAGGACAUCUAGCACUGGGGAGGCCACCUUGCCCAGAUAGUUGAAAAGAAAAUUGGUCUGGGCAGCCUGUUGUCUUUUGUCUUCAUGUAAUGUUUUUUCUUUGUUUUAAAGGACUAAUGUUUAUUACAGUGUUAAAUAAAAGUGUAAGAUACUAAGUGUGUAGAAUAAAAGUGCAAUAACAAAAGACAAUGACUUUGGCACACACUUCAGUCUUUAUCCUCUCUCCUUUCUUGUGCUACCUGGCUCUUUCCAUAAUAUUGUUACAGCAGGACCGUCUUAAUUGUGUGCAUUUUGAAGAGAUGCGACUCUGGGUUAAUCUUCAUUAGUGUAAUAUUGAAGGGUUGGGUUUGGUUUUAUAGAGUAUUCUGUAUACUUGUUGGGAUACACAAAUACCAGAUGUGCUGUAUAAUAAAGAUCACAUUAACGUUU